CCUGCCAACUCCCUCCGAGCCAGCUGCCUGUGAUUGGCCCGCUUUGGGGCAGGAGAAAAAGGAGAGGAUCAGAGACUUGGGGAGCGGGGUUGGGGUACGAGGGAAACUUGAGUGCCGUGGACUCUUUCCUGAGAGAGCCUGUGAUUGGCUGAUGGCGUGGCCCCCAGAGGGGACCCCGGAGAAGCCGGGAAGUGUGCGUGGAAGUGGGGGCUUCCAGCUGGAAACAGGAGGGGAGCUCUCCUAGGAAUUCCCCAAGUCCCUAGUUUGUAGAGCCCUACCGCACCUUGCUAUACUCUCUGAGCCCCAGCCUCUGCCUUCUCCCCUCUCGGCAUCGGGGUACUUCAUUCACCUGGCUCUGCCUGGGAAAACUGCUGUGCAGCGAGCGCCUCCGAGAUCCCUGCAGGAAGGAACCCCAUUCCCUCCCAGUGGACCGUCAAAUCCCCGUGUUCCCUUUGUCCCCAGAAGCAUGAAAAAGAAGCGAAGAUAGGGCUGGGGGAGUCCUUGGGAACCAGUAUCCUAAGGGUAGAAGGGAAUCUGUCCGAGGACUGUUCUUGGCAGUGCACUUAAGAGCUCUGAAUGGAAACUGGCUGAUGGGUUUGGAAGAAUGGGGUUGGCACACCUCUCCUUACCAGUCCUAGUCACUCACGCUGCCAAGGGAAAGAAGGGGACUCGGGGGCCCAGACCACUUGGUGGAACACAUCUACAGAGGAGAUCGUCUGCCAAAUGGCCAGGCCGCAGCCCCAGACUUUCCCCCAAAGCUUUCUCUGUUGAGCUCUAGGAUGGGGGUGGUCUUGGGAAGAGAAAAGAAGUCUCUAAAAGAAGGGACUGCAGGAGAAGAACAAAAGAGGUCGUCUUGAUUUUCUCGGUGUCUUGGGGAAAGGGAAAGUGUCCAAGAUGAGAGCUCAGAGAUCCUGAGGGGGAGUAGCCCUGGGGCAGCCUCCUCUCCUUCCCUCCCUCCACCCUAACCAUGGCCUGCCUCCACGAGACCCGAACACCCUCACCCUCCUUUGGAGGCUUUAUGGCAGCCCUGAGUGAAGCCUCCGUUCGAAAGCUCGACCCAGACACUUCGGACUGCACUCCAGAGAAGGACCUGACCCCCACCCAGUGUGUGUUGAGGGAUGUGGUGCCCCUGGGUGGGCAGGGGGGAAGUGGGCACAGUCCCUCCCCGGGUGGGGAAGCCCCCACAGAGGCCUUUGCCAACAGUGUCCUGCAACUGCAUGAGCAGGAGGCUGGGGGCCCAGGAGGGGCUACAGGGCCCACAGAAGGCCGGACCCCCCGGUUCCGGGCGGAUGAAGUCAGGCUGCAGUGCCAGAGUGGCAGUGGCUUCCUGGAAGGCCUCUUUGGCUGUCUUCGCCCAGUCUGGACCAUGAUUGGCAAAGCUUAUUCCACGGAGCACAAGCAACAACAAGAAGACUUGUGGGAGGUGCCUUUUGAGGAGAUCCUGGACCUGCAGUGGGUGGGCUCUGGGGCCCAAGGUGCUGUAUUCCUGGGACGAUUCCACGGGGAGGAGGUGGCCGUGAAAAAGGUUCGGGACCUGAAGGAGACUGACAUCAAGCACCUUCGGAAACUCAAGCAUCCCAAUAUCAUCACUUUCAAGGGCGUAUGUACCCAGGCCCCCUGCUACUGUAUCCUGAUGGAGUUCUGCGCCCAGGGCCAGUUAUACGAGGUUCUCCGGGCAGGACGUCCUGUCACCCCAUCCCUGCUAGUCGACUGGUCCAUGGGCAUUGCUGGCGGCAUGAACUACCUGCAUUUACACAAGAUCAUCCACCGAGACCUCAAAUCCCCAAACAUGCUGAUCACUUAUGAUGAUGUGGUCAAGAUCUCAGACUUUGGGACAUCCAAGGAGCUCAGCGACAAGAGCACCAAGAUGUCGUUUGCAGGGACAGUGGCUUGGAUGGCCCCAGAGGUGAUCCGGAACGAGCCUGUAUCUGAGAAGGUGGACAUUUGGUCAUUUGGUGUGGUGCUGUGGGAGCUGCUGACUGGUGAAAUCCCCUACAAAGAUGUGGACUCAUCCGCCAUCAUCUGGGGUGUGGGCAGUAAUAGCCUUCAUUUACCUGUGCCAUCCAGCUGUCCCGAUGGCUUCAAGAUACUCCUCCGCCAGUGCUGGAAUAGCAAGCCCAGGAACCGGCCUUCAUUCAGGCAGAUCCUGCUGCAUCUGGACAUUGCCUCAGCCGAUGUCCUGUCCACACCCCAGGAAACCUACUUCAAAUCCCAGGCAGAGUGGAGGGAGGAAGUGAAGCUGCAUUUUGAGAAGAUCAAGUCGGAGGGAACCUGUCUACACCGGCUAGAGGAAGAGCUGGUCACUCGAAGAAGGGAGGAACUCAGGCAUGCCUUGGACAUCCGGGAACAUUAUGAACGCAAGCUGGAGCGUGCCAACAACUUGUACAUGGAGCUCAACGCGCUGAUGCUGCAGCUGGAACUCAAGGAGAGGGAGCUGCUGAGGCGGGAGCAGGCCUUGGAGCGGAGAUGCCCCGGACUCCUGAAGCCUCACCCUCCCCGGGGCCUCCUGCACGGCAACACCGUGGAGAAGCUCAUCAAGAAGAGGAACGUCCCGCAGAAGCUGUCGCCCCACAGCAAGAGGCCUGAUAUCCUCAAAACGGAAUCCUUGCUCCCCAAGCUAGACGCCGCCCUGAGCAGCGUGGGGCUCCCCGGGUGUCCCAAGGGGCCUCCCUCCCCGGGAAGGAGCCGUCGCGGCAAAACCCGCCACCGGAAGGCCAGCUCCAAGGGCAGCUGUGGUGACCUGCUCGGGUUUCGGGCGUCUGUACCUAACCCCGAACCUGGGGGGCCGGGGCAUCCUGGGAGCAUAGCGGGGGGCCCUUCGGCCUGGGAGGUCUGCCCCCCCGCCCUCCGAGGCCUCCACCAUGACCUCCUGCUCAGAAAGAUGUCAUCCUCCUCCCCCGACCUAUUAUCAGCCGCACUGGGAGCGCGAGGCAGAGGGGCGGGGGGCGGCGGCCUAGAGCCCAGCUCUCCCCCUCCGGCCCAGGGAGACACUCCUCCCAGCGAGGGGUCAGCUCCCGGCUCCACCAGCCCCGAUUCUCCCGGAGGAGCCAAAGGGGAGCCGCCCCCGGCGGGGGCCCAAGGUGAAAGCGUGGGGCUGCUGGGCUCUAGUCGGGAGGGAACUGCCGCGAGAGGAAGCAGGGCUGCGGCUCAGCACCUGACCCCGGCUGCACUGCUGUACCGGGCUGCUGUCACUCGGAGCCAGAAGCGCGGCGUGUCCUCGGAGGAAGAGGAGGGCGAGGUCGACAGCGAGGUGGAGCUGCCGACGAGGCAGAGGUGGCCCCAAGGCCUGAACAAACGGCAGUCGCUGUCCACCUUCAGCUCCGAGAACUUGUCCGACGGAGAAGAAGGCACGGCCAGCGAGCCCUCCCCCAGUGGCACCCCAGAGGUGGGCAGCACCAACACGGAUGAGCGGCCCGACGAACGGUCCGACGACAUGUGUUCCCAGGGCUCCGAGAUCCCGCUGGACCCACCGGCCCCAGACGGGGCCCCGGGGUCCCAGCCCAGUAGCCAGGAGGUGCCAAACCAAGUCCUACUCAGAAGGGAGCAGGGCCUCAACUCGGAGGACUCGGACUUGGAUAGCACCGAAUUGGAUCAAGCGGGCAGCGCCGACGCCCUGCGGCCCCCCGCCUCCCUCCCUCCGUGAAUGCCGCCCUCACCAAUGUAGAGAAAUAUUUAUAUAAAUGAUAUAUAUAUAUUCGACAAAUAUUCAAGAGGGCAAGGCUGCUCCCCCGACUGGGUGGCCAUCUGUGGGGCCAGUCUCCUCUCCGUGAACUCCCCUCCUCACACGGUCAGCCGGCGGUCAGGGAAGGUCCGCGAGUCCCCUUUGGCCCUGACCCCUCUCCCCCAAACUCCAGGGCCAGGCUCUGCCUAACUGCACUUUUUUUGGUUUCUGACCCGUUUACAGACUUUGCACUGGGGAGGGAGGCCAGGCCCAGUCCUCUCCUCUGGGGCUUCUCAGGUGACUGUUCACCCCGUGUCCCUUUUUAAAGCCCUCCCCUUUCACUGGCUCCAGGACUCAGGGGAAGGAAAGGCAGGCAGAGCAUGUGGUGCCCAGCUGGUGGGCUCCUCCGCACCCAGGCCAGCUGCCUUCUGGGGUGGGGAUGAGGCCACUGUUGUCAACCCUGUAAGAUAUCUUGAAAUAUAACCAAUCCACGCAGGCA